AUGUCUCAACCUUCUGAAGCAUAUGAAUAUUUAUUCAAAUUUUUAAUAAUUGGUAGCGCAUCAACAGGGAAAUCAUGUAUUUUACAUCAAUUUCUUGAAAAUAAAUUCAAAACUAAUGUAACACAUACUAUUGGUGCUGAAUUUGGUUCAAAAGUAAUAAAUGUUAAUCAAAAAAAUGUUAAAUUACAAAUUUGGGAUACUGCUGGACAAGAAAGAUUUCGAUCGGUUACGCGAAGUUAUUAUCGCGGAGCAUCCGGGGCUUUACUAGUCUAUGACAUCACAAAUCGAGAAAGUUACAAUGCUAUUGCAAAUUGGUUAUCUGAUGCACGUUCAUUGGCAAGUUCAAAUAUUGUAAUUAUUCUAUGUGGAAACAAAAAGGAUUUAGAAGAUCAACGGCAGGUACCAUUUCUCGAAGCAAGCCAAUUUGCACAUGAAAAUGAUUUAAUUUUUCUCGAAACAUCUGCAAUGACAGGUGAAAAAGUGCCAGACUGUUUUCUUCAAUGUGCACGAAUGAUUUUAAGCAAGAUCGAUUCAGGUACUAUUGAUCCGUAUAGAAUGUAUUCAGGCAUUCAAUGUGGCCGAUCACUUGCUGCUAAUCGAUUUAAUCGUGAUCAAAAUUCAAAUUCCGCUGAUGAACGGAUGCAUAAAUCAACGUCAGGCUGUGGAUCUUGUUAA